AUGUUGAAAGAAAACUUUGAACCUGCAAUGAAUUAUAAUUUAAAAGCUCUACCGGUGCACCGGAAAGUUUGGUUGCCAUUUAAUGAUUUUAAUUGGAUUUUAGGAACACAACAUGAAAUAUGUUUUCUCUUCACAUCUAAUUUUAUUUUACUAUUAUUUGGACGAGAUCUUAUUAUGAUCUCGAAAGAGUUAAAAGCAACAGAAUAUAGAACAAGAGUGGCGCCAGGUUGA